AUGGAGCUUAUCACAUUAGAGCUAAGACCACGCUUGCAAUCCUGCAACGUAUUCGUUUCUAUGCGAAAAGAUCUCUGCUUAAAGAAUGUUCGAAUUAAACUUUUAGAGAGUACCAUAGUGUUAAUGAUAGAAGAUUGUAGUAUAAACUUCUCAUUGCCAUCUGUUAAAGUUAUACCUACUUCCUUAUCCAUGUUAAAUAUAAUGAACAAUUGGAUCUGCUUCCGCUUACAAACUGUACCAUUAGAGUCUGCAUUUGGAUCCUUCAGUACAGAAGUGAUGACUAAUUUGAAUAAAUUAGUUCAAUCAAAUACUCAUUCGCAGUCUAUUAUAAAUGAUAUCAAAUUGUUAUUUGAAACAUCAAAAUGUACUAUAUUAUGCACCUGUUGCAAAAAUGUUAUCUCUAAGUUGAUUAGUUUUAAGAGAUUUCUUCCUUUACCCAAUGCAGAAUACGAUCCUGAAGAAUGGUUUUGUUGUAAACACAGUUGCAACUCUGUCUCAAAUAGUGUGCAGCCACAGGAAUCUGAUUACUUAUAUGGCUCUUGCUUUUCUGUAUUACAUAAAAGUAUUUUUGCAAGCAAUGUAUGUACAGAUAAUAAAACGUUGUCUUGUAAUAAAUGUUUAUUACACAUAGGAACAUUUCAUGCAUAUAAUUUAUUCAAGAUAUGGAACUGUUGCGUAGAUUAUAAACCAGAAAAUAGUACAUUGUCUAUUACCAAUGCUACUAAUCCACUCAGUGAUUUUCUAAUAUUAAUAAAAAGCUCGCUAAGUGAGAUUUUAGGUGAAGAAAUUAUUCUACAAACAUCUGUCGGCAAACAGACGCAUCGUCUUUUGAUAAAGCCAAUGGAUUGCAAAUUAAAUUUAAUUACAGAGCCUGAUGUUACAAUCUGUGAUACUGACACUAUACCCUUACAACAAAAAUAUGCUGCCAAAGUUUUAUAUAAAUACGAGAAAAAUAAAGAGUUUACUAUAAUCACUAAUUAUUUGAAUGUUAAAUAUCAUGAUGUAGGUUUGCCUUUAAUAGAAGCUGGAUUAAAUUAUUUGUUAUCAUCAACAAAACGACUACCUCAUGUUUAUAGAACUGCUGCUAUAGACUAUUUUCUUGGCUAUAUUGUCUUGUAA